ACUGUCACCUGUCUCGAAAAUGUCAAUUUUAUUGCAAAUAAUAAAAAUAAAUAAAUAUAAAUGUGUUCGGUGGUGUAUGUUUAUACCAGAGUGUUUUAUAUAAAUAAUAUAUACAAUUUUUAUUAAAAAUGUGUAAAUAUUUGUCGUCAACAUGUUAAAAAUGUGUGGCGGUUAAAACUGGUUAUCCGGUGUAGUAAUUUGUUAAAACAUAGAAAGAAUUGUUAAAUGUCUAGGUAAUAAGUUUACCAAAUGCCUGCACACGCAGAAAAAUUAACGAAACCAAAGAACAUGUCUGAAGAACUUUCUGGUGUCACAGUUGUUAUAAUAAUAGGCUUAGGUGUAUUGACUUUCCUACUGUUGUUCAUAUUUGCAAAAAGGCAAAUAAUGCGUUUUGCACUUAGGUCUAGAAGAGGGCCACAUGUACCUCUAGGGCAUGAUGGUUCUAAGAUGUUGAAACGAGAAAUUGAAAGACGAAUAGACCUUAUACCUAGGAUAGUAUGUGAACCUUUAUUGAUAAGCAAAAAAGACCCUAGAUAUAUAGUAUACCCUGGUCAGCAGAUUCCUGCUCACUACUACCGACUAAAAGCAGUUGAUGAUGUGAAAAUUCUAGAGGGUGAAAUAACUAAGCAGGACAGUUGCUUGGUUCGGCACCCGAGCGAAAAUUUAAGAGCCUAUUUACUAACAACCCUAGCAGCCCCACUGAAUGGUAGCGGACAAAGAUUAAUACAUCAAUUCUGUGAUCUUUAUGAACAUGCUCGUCAUGACCCUAAUCAUUUCGGAGAUGAAGAAUACCAGCAAUAUAACCGGCUUUUAUUAAAGUUACUUGAUGCGGCGAAACUACUAAAAUCCUACAAUAGUAGAAAAUCAUCUCCUAAUCGGACCCCUCAUAGGCAAAAACAAACAGCACAAGAAAAAAAUAGAAAUUUAUUAGACCCAACAAGAUUACAUCCUUUACCUCCUAAUUAUGUGGUUGAGGAAGAAAUUUUGAGCGUCUCUGAACGUAUCGAUUCCAGACCGACAUCGCUGACUGUUCCGCCACUUGCUGACAAUGAAACAUCUGUAUGAUGUUGAAUUUUUAUACCAAAUAGCAAUAGAAAAAGGUUCAUCUUGGGCCUACUACUAACUGUACGCUUAGCCAAUAGUUAAAUUAUUUAGUUUCAGAAAGUAAAAAUUUUAUCAUUCAUGUAGUGUAGUUAUUGUAAAGUCUGAUUCAAAUUUGAAAAUAAAUAUUUCUUUAAAAAAAUUAA